AGUUCUAAGAUUUGUCAGUCUUGCGUGUGCCGUAUUUGUUAUUUAGAUGGAAAGAAUUUGCGAAAGAGAAAUUUUAAAAAAGUAUAUAUAUAACCAAAUUUAAUCUGGUAUUAUCUAUUAAAAUCACAUUCCCUCACGGUUGUUCUCGUAUUAUCGCUUCUAAAUCUUCUACCCUCGUUGUUACUCAAAAAUUACUCCUUCAGUAUAUUCAUGAAACAUGCAACUUGAUAUAUCUAAGUGUCUGAGUUAACUUACUUUUCAUUUCAGUGUAUUGCCAAAGAACUUGAAGUGAGUCUUGAGAUACACGCCAGUGGACUUAACUGAUGAGGUUUAUUAUGAAGUGGACGCUGGGACUAAUGGCUGUGUCUUGUCCUCUGAUACUGAUUACUACGCUCAGUAAUACGAGAGAAAUAGGGUGGUCAUACAGCACCUAGUGACUGAGAGGUAGUCAAGUUGGUUCCAGGGAAGGGAAUUAAAGCUACAAUUCCUUGGAUCAAGAACCUUCCGCCGGUAUCAAGUAAUUCCCCUUGAAGGGUUAAUUCGUAGCCGAAUGACGGAUGAAACAGAAGCUGCUUCACGGACGUUUUUGGAGAGAUUCACUGCAGGAGCCGGCAGCAGCCUCAGCAGGGACGUGGUUCGUGAUCUCCAGAACAUUUUGAAAGAUCUACACAAAGCAAGAGAGAACAAGAUGCCUCCAGAAAAAGAGACGAUCAUGGCUCUGAAAAGGACUCUCGAACAUCUGUCUACAGAGGCGUCCUUCACAUCAGCCCAGCAGUUCCAGCAGUCAGGAGGAGGGAGGAAUAAGGGAGACAGCAGCGGUGACCACGACCAGAUGCAUCAAAAGGUGUCACUACAAGAGGUGUUUACUGUAGCUACAGACGUUACCAGGGUUAACGACACGCAGCUUGAGAUCCUCUUAAAAGACAUCGCCUCUAGGUAUGAUGGGCUUCAGGUUGUCGUGUGUGUGGGUUCAGACGCUGCGCUUCGCGUUUCCAAGCAACACAAGAAUGUUCGAGGUUUCCGGGUGACGAGCAGCACCCCAGUGGCUGUGAGGUGGUCACGCCUGCUGGCCAUGGUCAACACCACGUAUGUCUUGGUUGGUCGAGGUCUCAUCGCCUUGUCUUCCUUCUCCGAUCUGGAGAGACUCUUCAUGACUUUUCUUCAGGUACCCAACGCUGCCUUCGUCGGUGGCGCCUCUAGGAACCAGAAUGGGCAGUGGAGAGUAGGAUGCUACCAGACCAGAAUGCUCAUGUAUGUCUUAACAUUACAGCAUGGGUACACCAGCUUUGACUACGGAUGCAUGUUCUGUGACUCCGUCGCUGGCCCAUUCAUCACGACGACUAAACUGGUUUCUUCGAUACCUAUCGAUGUGCAUCUCCCGGGGGAAGUAGUCUUCAGCGACUGGUUCCUGAGGAUUAGGGCUGCUGGAGGUUUGGGUCUUGUCUGCCCCGAUGUCCUCUUUUUUGUCUCAGAUGAAUAUCACCCCUGGAAGAGUCGCACUGCCUGGGACGCUAUUGCCUCGAAGUGGAACGUUACAGACGUACAUCUACCUGAUGAUUUCAACCACCACUACUCCUGUAUGGAGGCUAGACUCAAUUGCAGCAAGGUGGACAAGUCCCUUGCUCUCCCUUCCUGUUGUUUGGCUCUCCUGGGUGGCGCUCUUCAUGAGGUGGUGUCCGCAGUGCAAGAACAAUAUAUAGAUGUUCACAUAAUGAACAAGACAGCAGUGGCUGGGGUUGUGGGUGGCCAGCAGUCCUGGGAAAUGGAUGCCCACCUCGCCGUCCAGAAUGCCACUUUACAAGUGCAGUUGGCUAUGUUGAGCUUAAACCGUCGAGGAUAUCACGUAGAUAUUGCUGAAGACGGUGCUACUUACUACAUCCACUUGCAUUCCACUGUCAUCUUCCUUCACCUCCUCAACGUGGACAUGAAGGCUGGUCUUCCCCUCCAGCAAGCAGUUACUCCCACCACUAUACUCGUGGGCAAUGCAUGGCUGCCUGCGCCGCCCAACCCUGGCCUCUACGUCCGCCACCUCAGAGGUUCUGGCUUCCUCCAACACCCGCUAGCAGAGAGGCCGUUGCCUCAAUGUCAUAACCCAAGCCAUCAUGCCUGCCUCCACCACUUCCCCUUCGAUACCACCCUCAGGCUAUUGUGAUAUCCCGCCUUCCCCUUGACACUACCGUCAGGCUAUUGUGACACACCACCCCUUGACACAACCCUCAGGCUAGUGUGAUAUCCCGCCUCCCCUUUACGCCGUUCUCAGACUGUUGUGAUACCUCCCACCUGAUAUUCGACAGGAGUGAACAAACCAGUGUUCCAAACCCUGCUGCAAGGAUCCGCUAUGCUAUGAUCACUAUGCUGAAACGCCUACUUUGUAUAUAUUGCAAC